AUGGAGGCAGAUCGUGAGGGAGACCAAGAUUCAUACUGGACUGUAGUGCCAAAUAAGAAGGAAACUAAUAUUGGACCUUCCAAAGAUCAAAGCCCAAGAAUCAUAAAUGAUGUGACUGGAACAAAAAUGACUUGUGUCUCUUUCUGCAGACCAACCCUGUUGAGAGUUGAUAUUGUGGACUUGGAAAUUGAUGAUAGCAUAAGUGAUUAUAACAAUGCUAGUUCGCCUUUCGAAUGGACUUUGGAUCGUUUCGAACAUAUAAUAAAAUUAAAAGAAUCUGCUCUAGCAUAUGGUCACAAAAUUUGGGCCGAUUAUAUAUUCUUUCUGGAUGUGGACGUACUGUUAACGCUUCCCGAUACAUUAAAACAUCUCACAAAUUUAAGAUUACCAAUUGUAGCGCCAUUGCUUUUGUCCGAAAGCUUGUAUUCAAAUUUUUGGUGCGGGAUGACAGCAGACUACUAUUACGAGCGCACGGAUGAAUAUAAAGAAAUAUAUAAUAUUAAAAAAGUCGGAACUUACCGUGUACCAAUGAUUCAUAGCGCAGUAUUAGUGCAUUUAAACUAUAUGGGUUCUUAUUACUUAACUUUUGAAAAGGAACGUUUAAGAGAAAUUCAGCAAAAUAAUAUUCAGUGGGCUAAAGAAAAUAAUAAUCACUGUCGUUUGUAUGAUGGACCUUUGGAUGAUAUCAUCAUAUUUGCCAUAUCUGCAAAUUGUUCACAAAUUCCUUUGUACUUAGAUAAUCAAUAUCUUUAUGGGUAUAUUUUACAACCAUUAGAAGCUAACGAUAAUUUGACCCAAGACUUGCUCCAAUUGACCAAUAUUCAAACAAAUAUUGUAAAUGAUCUUGGAAAAGUUGUCGACGUUCUUGAUUAUUUAGAAAAGUUUAAGCCAAAAAGCGAGAAACAUAAACUAACUUUAGAUCAUAUUUAUAUGAUUAACUUAAAUCGACGACCCGAGCGCCGCUUAAAAAUGGAAAAACUAUUCGCUAUAUUAAAUCUAGAUGUUGAACAUUUUCCUGCAGUUGAUGGGAAGGAACUUAAUUUGGAUAUUAUUAAUGAAAUGGGCAUUAAAUUUUUACCAGGAUAUGAGGAUCCAUAUCAUCAUCGUCAAAUGACAAUGGGUGAAAUCGGUUGCUUUUUGAGUCAUUAUCGUAUUUGGGAAAAAAUAGUAGAAAACAAACUGAAAGAAGUAUUGAUAUUGGAAGAUGAUAUACGUUUCGAACCAUAUUUUCAAGAACGUGCGGUACGUGUUUUAAAUGAAGCCAGAAGUGUGGUCGAAUAUGAUCUAAUUUACUUUGGUCGUAAACGGCUUAAGGAUGAAAAUGAGCCAUGGGUUCAAGACACUGACUACUUAGUACAUGCUGGUUAUUCGUACUGGACAUUAGGCUAUGUUUUGUCCUAUGAAGGCGCUCUCAAACUACUCAAUGCAAAACCACUUCAAAAGUUAAUACCAGUCGAUGAAUACCUACCUUUGAUGUUUAAUCGCCAUCCAAAUAAAACUUGGAGUGCUGCAUUUCCAGAAAGAAAUGUGAUUGCUCUUAGCGCGGCACCAUUAAUUUUGUUUCCUACUCAUUAUACUGGAGAUAUGGGCUAUAUAUCAGAUACUGAGGACUCAGAAUUAACUUCACAACCUUCAGCACAACUCACAAACACAAAUACGGCACAACUCAAAAGUGAUCGUGAAUUAGAAUUGAAUUUUAGUAGUGAUAUGCAUAAUACGAAUGCUGCUUGGAGAGAUGGAGAGGAAGUGAAAAGCAGCAUAGAUAUCGCCAAAACACAUGAGGAAUUAUAAAUAAUUUAUUAAUUAGUUUUUUGUUCACUUGUCGUUUACUGUGAUUUUAACCUUGCCAUGUGCAUUUUGUUUUAAGAAGUGCCUUACUAAUUUUAAAUGUUGUAAAAUGUUUUUUUGUGAACGUACAAUUUAUUUUAACAAAUUUAUAUAAAUAUGUUUAUUUGUAUCGUCAUCAAAGAUGAUCCCACGUAAUCUCGCAACUAUAGGCAAGUCUGGAAAAUAUUUUCCAAAGAGUAUGUGUGAUCGGUCUAUCAUUAAUACAACAAUAAACUCAUUAAAUACUCUGUAAAGAAUCUCUGCAAAUAAUUAAAUAUUAAAUAUUUUUUAUUAUACCUGUUUACUAAUCCAAAGCGAUACCAAAACAAGUAAUUUAGACUUGUAAAUAUAAAAUAUUUACAGUA